GGACGCGCACACACGAGCAAAGUUCUCCCGCGCCGACGAGCGUCCAGCGUUGCGUGUUUUCCCGCCUUCGCAGGAUUAAGGACCCCCUGGAGGAGCCCCCCAUGGGUGCCGCCGUGGCGCGAAGGCUCCGCUGAGACGUCCGGUCAUGCUUCGGGUCUGCCUUUUGCCUCUUUUGCUGUCGUGCGCGCUGGCCAACAGGACCGCGGACCCGGUCCCGUUCUUCCACGGCCAUGUGUUCGAGAACGCGGCCCCGGGAUCCAGGGUCAGCGGGCUGACGGUGCCGCUCGAGCGGCUCAGCGCGCGCAGGCUGUGCGGCGCCGGGGAAGGAGGCUCGCCGCCGGCCCGCUUCAGGCUCCUGGGCGACGGCAGCGACAAGUUCCGCGUCCUGGCGCACCACAACCGCGGGCACGUCCUGCUCAAGACCUGCGGGCUUCUGGACCGGGAGCAGCGGGCCGAGUACGCCCUGGGUGUCGGCGUGUGCUGCGGGCCGUGCGGCGCCGGGCUCCAUCGGGCGGCGUCCAUCCGGGUGGACGUCCUGGACAUCAACGACCACCGGCCCGCCUUCCCCGGCACCGACGUGAAGCUGAGCCUGGACGACGCCACUGCCCUGCGCACGGCGGUCUACACGCUCACGGCCAGGGACGAGGACAGCGGCAAGAACGCGGAGCUCAUCUACUUCUCCCGGCCCGGGAACGGGACUUUCUACGUGGUGCCCAAGAGCGGGGACGUCCUCCUGGUGGACUCCAUCCUGGGUCGGGACGCCCCCAUCAAGUUCACAGUGUUCGCCCGGGACCGAGGCUGCCCCCCCCGCACCAGCGAGGGCGUCGUCGUGGAAAUCAACCCCCGCCAGUGGCUCACGUCGCACGGCAGAGCCCCGUCCCGGAUGUCCCGCUCCGUCCGGGACCCGGACGCCCCGGUGUGCAUCAACGUGUCCGAGGACGCCGGCAUCGGUUCCGUGGUGAUGAACCUGAACCCGGUGCGCUUCCAGGCGGCCGCCUUCGAGCUGCUGGAGCCGGAAGGGGGCGACUCGCCGGUCAGCGUGGGUCGGGACUCCGGGGACGUGGUCAUCUCACGCCGGCUGGACCGAGAGAAGGAACCGCUGGUGGACGUCGCCGUCCGGGUGCAGGACAAACGCGGUCAGGACUGGUACCUGGUCCGAGUGGAGCUGACCGUCACCGACGUCAACGACAACGUUCCUGAAUGGCACAUGGUCCCGGCGCCCUAUCUCGCCGUGGUGUCGCCCGACGCCGCCGUGGGCUCGCUGGUCUACAGUCUCCACGCGCAGGACGGCGACGAGGGGCUCAACGGGGACGUGGAGUACUUCCUGUCUGACGGCGGGGACGGGCGCUUCGAGGUGGACAGGAAGAGCGGCCAUGUGCGCACCACCGGCCUCCCGCUGCAGCGAGACCGCGAGUACCUGCUGACCGUGGUGGCCGCCGACCGCCUGGGGAGCCGCAGCGUUCCCGCCGUGGUGUCGGUCGUCGCCGGAGCUCGCCCGCCACAGUUCACCAACGCCUCCUUCACCAUCGCCAUCCCGGAGAACACCCCCGAGGGACAGCCCUUCCUGGUCACGCCCGCCGUCUCCUUCCAGAAGAAGCCGAUCAGCUACAGCCUGCUCAUCAAUCCCAGCAGCCUCUUCUCCAUCUCGCCCGAGGCCGGCGAGAUCAGCCUGACGCGGCCCAUCGACUACGAGAGCGACCAGCACCGCUACCUGCUGCUGGUCCGGGCCGGCGAGAACCAGGACAGCAUGAGCAGCGCUGCAGAGGUGCGAGUCAUCAUCGUGGAUGAGAACGACUGCGUUCCCGAGUUCCUUCAGUCCAUCUACAGCAAGGAUGGCGUUCCCGAGACGGUGAUGACGGCAACGUCGCUGCUGCAAGUUUCCGCCAGCGACUGCGACUCGGAGAAGAACGCGGAGCUGACCUACUACACGCUGAGUCCCGACUUCACCAUCUCCCCGCACGGGACCAUCUUCCCCGCCGGGCCGCUGGACUACGAGCGAGCCAACCACCUGUACGAGUUUGUGGUGAUGGCGGUGGACAAGGGCCAGGUGCCCCGCACGGGAACCACCACCGUGCGAAUCCGCAUGGCCAACGUCAACGACGAGACGCCCCAGUUCUCCCAACACACAUAUCGGACGUUCGUCUCCGAGGACGCCGGUCCAAACACGCUGGUGGCCACCGUGCUGGCAAAGGAUCCGGACGGAGACGGGAUCACCUACAGGAUCACGUCAGGAAACGAGGAGGGCAACUUUGUCAUCGAUAGUCAGAAAGGUCUGAUCCGCCUGCGCUCCAGCCCGCCGCCUCGCCUGCAGGGCGUGGAGUACGUCCUCAACGUGACGGCCACGGACGACAACGCCUCGGGCGGCCCGCAGGCCCUGUCGUCCGGCGCCCAGGUCAUCGUGGGGGUGGACGACGUGAAUAACAACAAGCCCGUCUUUGAGAAGUGUCAGCAGUACCGAGAGAAGACGUCGGUCCUGGAGAACCAGCCGGCCGGGUCCUUUGUGCUGCAGGUUCAUGCCGUGGAUGCUGAUGAGGGCUCCAACGGGAAGGUCACGUACGGCUUCAUGCACAAAGACUCCACUGUGCCCGCCUUCAGCAUCCACCCCGACACAGGAACCAUCGUCACCGCCAGGAAGUUCGACCGCGAGCGUCAGCGGGAGUACGCCGUGACGGUGACGGCCACCGACCGAGCCGCCGACCCGCUGAUCGGCAUCUGCCAGCUCAACAUCCUCAUCCUGGACCAGAACGACAACAGUCCCAAGUUUGAGAACCUCCGCUACGAGUACUUCCUUCGUGAGGACACCAUGAUCGGAACCAGCUUCCUGCGAGUGGCCGCCCACGACGACGACUUCGGCACCAACGCCGCCGUCACGUAUUCCAUGUCUGCCGAGCAGCCCCAAUACCUGCGGGUCAACCCCCUGACUGGCUGGGUCUACGUCAACCAGCCCAUCUCUCAGAGGACCUACAUCACGCGGGACAUCGUGGCCACGGACGGAGGGAACCGCAGCAGCUCCGUGGAGUUGGCCGUCACCAUCACCAACGUGAAGAACCAGCCCCCCCAGUGGGAGAAGGACAGCUACAGCGUGGUCAUCCCUGAGAACACCAUCAGAGACACGCCCGUCGUGACCAUCAAAGCCACAUCCCCGCUGGGCGACCCCAGGGUGACCUACAAUCUGGAGGACGGCAUGGUCCCCGAGACCAACAUGCCUGUCCGCUUCUACCUGACCCCCAACCGGGAAGACGGCUCCGCCUCCAUCUUGGUAGCGGAGCCCCUGGACUACGAGACCACCCAAAACUUUAUGCUCCGGGUCCGAGCGCAGAACGUGGCUGCCGUCCCGUUGGCUGCUUUCACCACGGUCUACGUCAACGUCACAGACGUGAAUGACAAUGUCCCGUUCUUCACGUCGUCCAUCUACGAGGCCUUGGUCACCGAGGGCGCCCAGUCGGGAACGUUGGUGUUCCAGGUGUCGGCCAGCGACCUGGACCUGGGCCUGAAUGGGAAGAUCUCCUAUUCCCUGCUGGAAGACCGCAGCGGGGACCACCAGUACUUCCGCAUCGAACCGGAGUUGGGAUUCAUCUACACGCAGAGCGUUUUCGACCGCGAGACCAAAAGCUCGUACCUGCUGGAGGUCCAGUCCGUGGACGGCUGGGAGUCGGCCAGACCCGGCAAACACGGACAACCCAACUCUGACACGGCCUACGUGCGCGUCUUCAUCAGCGACGUCAACGACAACAAGCCGGCUUUCGCUCAGACGGCGUACGAGGUGGACGUGGACGAGGACGCCGACGUGGGCUUCGCCGUCCUCACCGUCAGUGCCAACGAUGGCGAUGAAGGUGGGAACGCCAAGCUGCGGUAUCAGAUCACGUCUGGCAACACGGGAGGGGUGUUUGACGUGGAACCGGAGGUGGGGGCCAUCUUUGUGGCGCAGCCUCUGGACUACGAGCGGAACAAAAGGUACAAACUCCACGUCCUUGCCUCGGAUGGCAAGUGGGAGGACUACACCACCGUGUCGGUGAACGUGGUCAACAAGAACGACGAGGCGCCCGUGUUCACCGUCAACGAGUACUACGGCAGCGUGACGGAAGAACUGGACGGUUCUCCGGUGUUUGUUCUGCAGGUGACAGCGACUGACCCCGACAAAGACGCCGACCAGGAAGCGUUGCGCUAUUCCCUCCACGGCCAGGGCGCCGACAGCGAGUUCAUCAUUGACGAGGUGACGGGAAAGAUCUACGCCCAGCGGACCCUCGACCGCGAGGAGCGCGCCGUCUGGCGUUUCGUGGUGCUGGCCACCGACGAGGGCGGCGAAGGCCUGACGGGCUUCACCGACGUCAUCAUCAACGUGUGGGACAUCAACGACAACGCGCCCGUCUUCAGCUGCGCCCCCAGCUGUCACGGCGACGUGGCUGAGAACUCGGCGGCGGGCACGUCGGUGAUGGAGAUGACGGCCACCGACCUGGACGACGCGGCCGUGGGCCAGAACGCCGUCCUCUCCUACAGGAUCGUGGGCACUUUGGACGGCGGCGACGUCGGCGCGGUCCCCGCCUUCUCCGAGAUGUUUGCCAUCAGCCCCGCCACAGGCACCCUCACGGUGGCCAUGAACGGCCUGGACCGCGAGCAGGCGGAGUCCUACCUCCUGGUGGUGGAGGCCAGAGAUGGCGGCGGGAUGGCGGGCACGGCCACCGCCACCAUUCUGAUCAAAGAUGUCAACGACCACGCCCCCAGGUUCACGGACCGCUCCUGUGCCGCCAGGAUCUCGGAGAAUGCCGAGCCCAACGCCGAGGUGCUGCAGCUGACGGCGGAGGACGGCGACACGGGCGAGAACGCCCAGCUGACCUUCAGCGUGGUGGCGGGCGACCAGGACCAGAAGUUCUACGUGGUGAGCCACAAGCAGGAGCGGCGCGGCACGCUGAGGCUCAAGAAGCGUCUGGACUUCGAGCGGCACGGCGAGCAGAGGUUCAAUCUCACCCUGAAGGUGGAGGACCUGGACUUCUCCAGCCUCCAGCACUGCGUGGUGGAGGUGGAGGACUACAACGACCACGCCCCCGUCUUCAUCCCGCACUUUCUCUCCCUGGGCCCGCUCUCCGAGGACGCGGGCGUGGGAACCAGCGUGGCCCGCCUGGUGGCCAGCGACUCGGACUCGGGCCGCAACCGGGAGCUGGUCUACAGCCUGUGGGAGGAGUCGGACCCCGAGGGCCUGUUCAGCAUCGACCAGUCCGGCGUCCUGUCCGUGGCUCGGCCCCUGGAUCGGGAGAGGACGGCCCAGCAUCACCUGGUCGUCAUAGCGACGGACCACGGGGUCCCGCCUUUGUCGGGCAGCGCCACCGUGGAGCUCCCGCUGUCGGACGUCAACGACAACGGACCCGGGUUCGAAGCCGCCUACGCUCCCGUGGUGCUGGAGAACGUGGCUGGACCUCAGGUAGGAGGAACCUCCGUGCUGGCUCCAGAGUACCCCCGCUCCUCCGCCCCUCCCUUGCAGGUUGUCAGCAUGAACCAGACCUCCACCCUCCUCCGGGCCGUGGACCCGGACUCCCCCGAGAACGGCCCGCCCUUCCGUUUCGCCGUCCCGGCGGAGUUUGGCCACGGCGACGACUUCCACCUGAAGGACAACCUGAACGGCACGGCCACGCUGACGGCGCUCAGGACCUUCGACCGCGAGCGCCAGAAGGAGUUCCUCAUCCCCGUCGUCAUGAGCGACAGCGGCCGGCCCCCCAAAACCGUCACCUGCACGCUGACCGUCACCAUCGGCGACCAAAACGACCACGCCCACGUGGGCGGGGAAAAGAAGAUCUUCAUCAACAGCCGGCGAGGCCGCAUGCCCACCACCCUGCUGGGGAAGGUGCACGCCCCCGACCCCGACGACUGGGACAACAAGACCUACGUCUUUGAAGGACACCCGCCCACGUUCUUCAUCCUCAACAAGCGCACGGGCUUCCUCAUCAUCAAGGAGAACACUCCGGCCGGGAGCUACCACUUCCAGGUGCGGGUGUCCGAUGGAGUCUGGCAGGACGCCGUGUCCACCGUCACCGUGAACGUCAGGGAGCUGCCGGACGAGGCCGUCCACCGAUCCGCCUCGCUACGCCUGGCAGACAUGACGGCCAAGGAGUUCAUGGCGCCGAGGGGGAAGCAGCAGAGUCGCUACGAGCUGCUGGCCGACUUCCUGUCGGAGAUGCUGUCGGUCCCGAGCGCCGACGUCAACAUCUUCAGCCUGACGGACGUGAAGGAGCGCAUGCUGGACGUGCGCUUCGCCGUGCACGCCGGCACCUCCUUCCUCCAGCCCGAGAAGAUGCACGGCUAUCUGGCGGCGCACAAGCAAAAGCUCCAGUCCUUCCUGCAGGUGCGGGUCUACCAGGUCCGCGUGGACGAGUGUCCCGGGUCGGAGUGCGGCCGGGCGGGAGGCUGCACCAGCGCCUUGACCGUGCAGGACGCGCCCACGGUGGUGGAUUGCGGCACCAUGAGCCUGGUGUCGGUGACGGUGGAGGCCGCCGCCGUCUGUUCCUGCCCGGGACGGGAACUGUCCCACCAGUCCUGCUCGGCCUAUCCCAGGAACCCUUGCUUCAAUGGCGGCGUGUGCGUGGACACUCAGCAUGGCUACAGGUGCCAGUGCCCGGCCCAGUUGGAGGGGCCCGAGUGCCAACAGAACAAGCACAGUUUCCGUGGCGACGGCUACGCCUGGUUCCCUCCCAUGAUGCCUUGCUUCGACAGCCACAUCUCCCUGGAGUUCAUCACCGAGGUCCCCGAUGGACUGCUGCUCUACAGCGGACCCCUGGCCCAGCUGCAGGCCUGGGACCAGGAGGACUUCAUGGCCUUAGAGCUAAUAGACGGCACCCCCACGCUGAAGAUCAACCACGGCUCCGGCACCGUGGUGCUGCAGUUGCCCGGCAACGUCAACGUGGCCGACAGGCGCUGGCAUCGUCUGGACGUCCGCAGCAACAGCAAGGAGGUGCGCUUCACCCUGGAUCGCUGUGCGGGGGCGGCCGUCAUGGAGAUGGAGGGUCUGGGCAGCUGGCUCACCACCCAGGACCACUCGUCCUGCGAGGUGAUCGGCACCACGCCCAACAUGGACCGACACCUGAACAUGAGCCAGGUGUUGCAGCUGGGGGGGGUCAAUGAGGACAUUCCAUACAUCUACCCCCAACUUCAACACAAACACUUCACCGGAUGCAUACGCAACCUCCUGGUGGACAGCAAGCUGUAUGAUCUGAGCUCCCCAGCCGAGUCCCAGUCCAGCUCCCCAGGCUGCCUGACCACGGACAGCAGCUGCAUGAACAUGGGCUAUCCUUCCUGUGGCCGCCACGGCCGUUGCCAUGGCGAGUGGGGAUCCUUCAGCUGCCAGUGUGUGCCCGGGUACACGGGGCAACAGUGUGAAGAUGAGGUUCCCGAGUAUUCCCUGGACGGCCACAGCCAUGUUCGCUACCAGCUGGCCUCGCCGCUGCCGGCCCGCAGGACGGCCGUUCAGGUUCUGGUCCGAACCCGCAAACACAGCAGCACCGUGCUGAGUCUGAGCUCCACGCAGCAGAGCGAGUACCUGAGACUGGAGAUUUGUCAGGGCCUGCUGGGCGUGGUCUACAAUCUGGGCGACGGCGACUACAACCUGAGCAUCCCCGCCUACCGCCUGGACAACGGCGAGUGGCACGAGGUCUCCCUGGAUCGCCACGACAACGAGAUCACCCUGCGGCUGGACGGUGGCGGCGGGCAGAGGGAGGUGACCGGAUCGCGGGGGCGGAGCCGGGAAAUCGUCAUCGACCCCACGGUGGUGAUGCUGGGGAACACCUUCCCGUCUCUGAUCAACAACAGCUUCCAGGGGUGCAUGAGGGACCUGCGCCUCAACGGUCGCUCCAUGCCGAUGGAGGUCCAGCAGGCGCGGGAGGGCGUGUCCCAGGUCAGCGUGCAGGGCCUCACCCAGGGGUGCCCGUCCGACUCCUGCAGGAGGAACCAGUGCACCCCCCCCUUCACCUGCGUGGACCUGUGGCGGGUGCACGAGUGCAGGUGUCCGCCAGGUCACAUGGUGCGCGUGAACGGCAGCAGGAAGUGGUGCGUGUACACGCUGUGCGCCACGCGGCCGUGCCACCGCGGGACCUGCGUGCCGCACUCGCCCUCCAAGUUCACCUGCCACUGCCCCGAGGGCCACCGGGGUCGCCUGUGCGAGACCACGCUGGCCGUGUACCGCGACGACGUGGGCCUCAGCUUCAGCUCGCUCUUCGCCAUCUGCAUCUGCUUCAUGGCGCUCGUCGUGCUGCUGCUGGGCAUCUUCCUCUACACGCGCUGGAGGAGCUACAAGGGCCUGAAGGAGGGCGUCUACCACGUGUCCGCCCACCAUGACGGCUGGGAGGACAUCAGGGAGAAUGUGCUCAACUACGACGAGGAGGGCGGUGGCGAGGAGGACCAGAACGCUUACGACAUGGCCGAGCUUCAGAAGUCCCUCCAGCCCAGCCCGGCCCAGUCGCUCCGGUACUGCCGCUCCAGGGCCCUGCACCACCCUCCCCCGCCGCCCCACCACCACCACUUGCUCCACCAGGCCCCGCCUACUCCGCCCUCCGCUCGGCCGCCGGACUCCAUCAGCCGGACUACCAGCUCUGGCGCCCUGCCCCCGUCGGCGGCCUCGUCUUCGUCCGUCAGCCUGCGCCGGGACGUGCCCCCCGCCCACUGCCCCGCCCAGGGCCAGGUGCAGCCCUCGCGCCUGGCCCGCCGCUCGCUGUCCUUCUCCAGCCAGGACCUGGCCCGCUAUCUGUGCGAGAUCAUCCGAGACGCCGACCAGCACCCGGACACCGGACCCUUCGACUCCCUGCAGGUGUUCUCCACUGAGGGGGGCGGCUCCCCGGCCGGCUCCCUCAGCUCCUUCAGCUCAGCGGGUUUGGACGUGGGGGGCGGCGGGGACGGGGGCGUCGAGGGGCGGCGGGAGGAGACACUCGGGGAGUGGGGGCCUCGCUUUGAGAAGUUGAGAGCGCUGUACGAGCAGGCGGAGGCCAGCGACCUUUGAACUCAAGACAUUUUGGGGAUGGGGAGGGCAGUUUCCCAACAAUCAGUUCAUUAAGGCGGGAAACGCACACGAGCCUGCCCGUCAACGUGUCGGGACGCGCCCCUGCGCUCGCCCCACCGCCUGCAGACACCAUCUUGGAUGCCUUCGGGACGAGGGGGCGGGGCCACGGUGACGCCUGGUGGAGGGUCGUCCCUCAAAUGUGAAAGCAACUUGGCACAUCAGACACGCCCACAAUUCUAUGUUUAGCCUGACUUUCGCUGAUUGGUUGCCCGCAAUGGCCACUUCAUUAGGUACACAGACGGCGGAACCUCCAAAGGCCCACGCCGGCGUAUUCCUGUCACGCAGGCGAAAAAAGAAGUCAACCACCGCAUUUCCUCUCCUAUGGUUAGCAUCACAUUUCCCCUCCUUUUUAACCCCCACAAAAGCCAAAGAAAAAGCAAAAGACCUUACCGGGUGCGCCGAUGGUCAUGUGAUGGCGUCACUUUUAACCUCAGAGAUUCCACUACAAAAACUCGCCAAGCCGAUGCCCUCCCCGAUGACUUUUUGCAGCGUGGAGACCGAGCCUCGUCCUCUAUGGGAGGCGGGGCUCAGAAACAUGAGGGGGGAGGAGCCUCCCGCUGCUCCAAUCAGCGAAGAGGAGAAAACAGGCUUCACCAGCUGCAAAGAUUGUGCCAGACGAGCGCACACUCCCGCCAGUUUGUGUUGACCAUCUCAAGUGCCUGACUCGCUGGUCCCACCCGAGUGAGACGAUGAGGGCGGAGAUCCUGUGACGGUGCUGAUGCUAGCAGGAGCUAAUGCUAAUUCUGAGUGAGGUUACAAAGAAAUCAAAGGUUAUCAAUAACGGGUGUCAUGUGAUCAGAUGAGAUUUCAACUUUUACUUGAAGAGAAAAAAUAUGACAGUAAGUUGUACUUAUCUACUUGUGUUAUUUCCUCUACGUUUGUACACUCUGUGUGCUGGCGGCCCCGCCCACACCCACCCACACAAACAGACUGCAGCUCACUCCGUUCGUGCCGUUGUUCUGUGGAACAACUGCUCAGAGUGAGCGCUCUUCCUGGCAGUUUGGAGAGCGACACGCAUGGCGAGAUAUUGCCCCCCCCCCCUUUUCAUCUUGCAAGCCCGUGUGACACCCCCAGGAAGAAAUGAACGUGUCGUGAAUCCAUGAAGUUCUCCGUGGCGCCGCGUACCGCUGCAAGGCGGACGUUGGAGUAUUUAUGUUAGUACUUUCCUUUCCUGUACCAUAGCAGCUUCUUUGGUGUCGUGGUGGACGUUUUGACCUCGUGUGUAAAUAAAAGUACGCGGAAGAUUACGACGAGCAGAGACUUGCUACCUUCUAAAAAAGAAAAAGAUUUUUCUACAAAUCAUCCCAGUGAUGAGCUUUGAAGAGUUUUGUGUUUGGAUUUGCGUUUCCUCAAUAAACUUGAUUUCUUUGCAC